UGAAGAAGUGAUAUAUAUAAUGGAGUUUAUUAGAAAAGGUCCAUGGACUGAAGAAGAGGACUCGACGCUCGUCAAUUAUAUUACCAUCUACGGUGAAGGCCCCUGGAACUCUGUCGCUCAAUGUGCAGGUCUGAAUCGAACAGGAAAAAGCUGCAGAUUAAGGUGGUUGAACUACUUACGUCCCGAUGUCAGACGUGGAAACCUCACCCUUCAAGAACAGUUUCUCAUUCUCCACCUCCACUUGCGUUGGGGAAAUCGGUGGUCGAAGAUAGCUCAGCAGUUACCGGGAAGGACAGACAAUGAGAUAAAGAACUAUUGGAGAACAAGAAUUCAGAAGCAAGCAAAGCAACUCAAUUGCGACGUAAACAGUAAUGAGUUCAGAGACACAAUUCGAAACUUUUUGCUGCCCAGAUUGGUGGAUCAAAUCCAAGCCGAAUCAGACGCAUUAAGUUCCAUGGCCGAGCCUACCUCCAUUCAUGACUCCUCUGCAACAGAGACAUGGAUGAUCGCUUCAUCAUCGCAGCAACAAUUCUUGGAGAAACAAUCAGUUUUCACUGAUUGUGAUAGUGAUCAUGCGUUGGCGAAUAUCUGGCUCAAUAUUUCGAGUUUAACUGAUUGGGGAGGUUGUUUCGGGGCCACUGGACUGACAUCGGAUAGGAAUAAUGCUUGUUGUGAACAGGACAUGUUUGAUGAUGCUGAAGAAGAAGAAGAAGAAACUAUGGAGUAUAGAAAAGCCUCCCAGUUAGCUGGUGGUGGUGGUGGUGGUUGGGGAUCAGUAGACACCAUGCUAUAUUAUGAUGGUGGUGAAGAAGGUUACACCAACAACACCAGCUUUGAUUAUCACUACACCUUUAAUUAAAACCAACUUGCUUAAUCAGUUUUUUUUUUUUUUUAAAAACCGAGUGUGUGAUCAGUUUAGAUGCACUUCAACUAAUCCUAAAAUUAACGACCUCAACUUGCUUAAUUAGUUGAUAUGAAUGAAUGCAUAGCAACAAACAGAGGCAAAUGUGAUCAAUGUAGUUUUAUUUUUUUUGAUAAAUAAGUAUUUUUGUUUAUUUUUAAGAUUUGAAACUUACAUAUUACUAGUAAAAUGAGUUUUUCUCAUUCUUGGCUGUGAGACCAUGAAAUAUCCUAUCACAUGGAUGUUGUAGAGAUCCAGCGAAGAGAAGAGAUUCACCCCUGUAGAUCUGCAAUGAGGAACAUAGUCGGUGCCACCCAACCGGGGUUGCUGGCCAGGAGUACUCCGAUGAUGAAGGUAGUCCUUGAAUCAAGAAAUAGUAUAUAUAUAUAUAUAUAUAUAUCAGAAGGGGUGUGUGUGUGUGGUGGAGGGAGAACAUACAUACCUUUCACUUGGGAUGCCCCCUCUUUAUAUAGACGGGGGGUGUGAUAUUUAUUUGGGCUGGACCUUUGUAGGCUUUGUUUGGGUUAGGCCCAAUAAGCUAAUACUUGUAAUUUUCUGGCUCC